AUGGUGGAGGAUAGCGGCCCGUCGCGGCAGGAGUCGAUCUGCAAAAUAAUAUCCGCAUAUGUGGAAAAUGACAAAAAUGAUGACCGAUCGAUCUUGUUUGAAUGCGUCGGUAAGAUAAAGGCGAAUUGCGAGCGUAUUGUCUUGGGGGAGGUUUCGUCACUCGAUGUUCUCGAGGUGGAGGGUCGGCUCGACAGAUACAAUAAAUGGAUACAAUCACAAUGUAAUUGGAGUCGAUUUCUGUCACUUUUGGAUCAUUCAAACCCAACUACUAGAGUACUGAAGAUUGGAUCUUGCACCGGGAGUGCUACAGAAGCGGUGCUGCGUUACCUUCGGUCCCCUGAGGGCGUACCACAGUGUUCCCAGUACACUGUCACAGAGGAAUGUGAAGCGACCCUCACAGCCCUCCAGCAGAAGUUUCAGAAUCAGGAAGGCUUACAAUAUGCCUUGCUCGAUAUUUCCGGUGAUCUCGAGGCACAAGGAUGCAAUCUGCAGAGUUAUGACCUGAUUAUCGCUUCUAAUGUCGUUGCACAUGGAACCGCGCGGAUUGCGACUGCUGUCGAGCAUAUAAGGCAACUUCUAGCCCCGAAUGGUCGACUGUUACUGCAUGAGAUUUACCCUGAGGGAGCUCUCAGCAAUUGGUCAUCAGUGGAAGACUUCAGGGCAUACAGUAUACCUUAUCUUUCGCCAGAUAGAUGGGAUAUCGAACUCCGCAAUGCCGGUUUCAUCGGCAGCGAAGUGAUGGCUUACGAUGUGCCACACCCUCAUCAGACCUACUUUACCAUGCUCUCUCGCGUGCCUCACCCACCGCCUGAGGCCGAAACCUAUGACACGGUGACUAUCCUGACUACGGACUCUCCCGGAUCAUGGGCAAGCGAGGUGGCAUCCCGCUUCCGCCAAGGGGGUCACGUCGUAAAUUGGACAACCCUGCACGACACUCCCCCAAAAGAUCAGUGGAUUAUCUCUCUUCUGGACCUGGAUGGUCCUUAUCUGAAUAAUCUCUCGGAAGAACGCUAUCUCGCCCUUCAAUCCUCCUUGAUGACAGCUGACAACUCCCACCUAAUCUGGGUGACUAAUACUUCGCAGAUGGCCUGUGCCGACCCCAGAUACGGGCUGAUCUUCGGCCUGACACGUACGCUUCGACAUGAAACGGCCACCGGAAUCUCUCUCUUCGAGACGGACAGUUAUACACAGCCGGCUGCUGGAGCUCUGUUCCAAGUGUUUAACAAGCUACAGCGUACACGACAGUGUCCCGAUGCAAGGCCGGCUGACUCGGAAUUCUCCUUCGAGGGGGUCAUACACGUCGGUCGAUGCCAUUGGAUACAUCCGAAGCAAAUUACCCCGCGACCAGAGACACCAUGCCCACGCAAGCUGGAUGUCAGCCCAGUUGGCCUGAUCGACACAGCUCAUUGGGUACCAGUGGAUGGUCAUCAAGGAGAAUUGGAGACAGGCCAAGUUGAAGUUGAUGUGCAUUACGUGGGCUUGAACUUCAGGGACGUGUUAGUGGGAAUGGGUGUCUUUGGAAGUGCAGACGAGCUCGGUCUCGAAGGAACUGGAGUCGUCCGGCGUGUGGCGUCCGACGUCAAGGAUCUGCAGGCCGGUGACCAUGUCGUGAUGCUAGCUUGGAGACUAUUUCGGACACGCGUAGUCCUUUCGGCCACAGCUUGCCGCAAGCUCCCCGCAAAUACACCAAUGGAUGAUGCGGCAACCGUGGGGUCCGUUUACAUGACCGCCAUCUUCUGCCUCUGUCACCUCGCGCGGCUCCAGAAUGGCAAUUCGGUACUGAUUCAUUCGGCCUGUGGUGGACUGAGUCUGGCGGCCAUCCAGGUUUGCAAAGUGAUGGGUGCAAAGAUAUUCGCGACGGUGGGAAGCGACGAAAAGGUGGAAUAUCUGGUUAAGACAUUUGGCAUUCCACGCAGUCACAUCUUUAGCUCUCGGAACACCGACUUCCUCCCCGGUCUGAUGGCGGAGACCCAAGCCCGCGGGGCAGAUAUAGUGCUCAACUCGCUGUCCGGGAAGCUGCUGCAUACCUCGUGGGAAUGUGUGGCACCGUACGGGCGGUUCAUCGAGGUCGGGAAGCGGGACUAUCUGGCUAACGGUCAGUUAGCCAUGGCCCCGUUUAUCCAGAAUCGGUCUUAUAUCGGCUUCGAUCUCUUUCAAAUGGGCAAGGAAAAACCUCGGGACUAUGACUUGCUGUUGCAGCUAUUUCGGGAGUGGUACGAGGGUGGCCACAUCAAGCCUCUCCGCCCCGUUAAAAUCUUUGAGGCCGCAAAGGUCACCGAUGCCUUUCGAUAUAUGUAGCAGGGAAGCCACAUGGGUAAGAUCUUAAUCCGAAUGCCUUCAGAUCCGAUGGAGUUGGCCCCAACCUCUGUGCCUCCCGUCAGCUUUUCGCCCAACAAGUCAUAUCUUCUUGUUGGUGGCCUGGGCGGGGUGGGACGCUCUGUGUGCUUGUGGAUGAUGCAGCGUGGUGCACGACAUCUAGUGAUUUUGUCUCGUUCUGCUGGUAAGUCCAAUGCCGAUCGGGACUUCAUCCUCGACUUGGAGGAGCAGGGCUGCCAGGUCAUCUGCGUGGCAGGGAUUGUCGCCGCCGCUGCCGAUGUUCAGUCGGCGAUUUCCAAAUGUCCUCAACCACUGGCUGGAAUCCUCCAAAUGUCUGCAAUCUCAAGAGACCAGAGAUUUGCCAAUACAACUUAUGAUGACUGGACCACCUGCCUUGCCACGAAGGUCCAGGGCACCUGGAAUCUCCAUCACGCAGCCUCGGAUCAGCCGCUUGACUUCUUCAUUGUCUUUAGUUCAAUUGCCGGCAUCUGCGGCAACCAUGGGCAGGCGAGCUACGCCGCCGCCAACACGUUCCUCGACAGCUUUACGCGCUAUCGCCGUCACCUGGGGCUUCCUUCGGCCACCCUUGCCCUGGGCCCAGUCGAGGACUGUGGUCUGGUUAGUCGUAAUACCAAGCUGCUGCAGGCAAUGCAAGCGACUUCUGUGCGGCUCGUCGGGGAGGACGAGCUCCUGGAAGGGUUGGAGCUGGCAAUCCACCAAUCCCAUUCCCCGUCCCCUUCGGCGCUCACCACCUCUCACAUAAAGUCUAUCAGUCAGAGUAGUACUUCAGAUGCCUGUAUUAUUGGACUCGGAAACACCCGCUCAACCAACGACCCCUCCGUUCGGGCAGUAUGGACGCCUUCUGACCCGCGGUUCUCCCUCUACACCAAUAUCGAGACAAAAGAACAGAGCACAACGGUUGGCGGGACGGCACUUAAGGAAAUUUUACGCAGGGUCGAACAGGACCCGGCCAUGCUGAAUAAUUCCGACGCAGCGAAUAAUUUAUCCCACGAGUUGAGCAAGCACCUGGCGCGGCAUAUGCCGGGGGCAGCUGAGAUGUCGGCGGAGGAGGCUGCAGAGAUGCCAAUUGACUCCCUCAUGGCGGUGGAGAUUCGGCGCGGGUUGCGAGGGGAUCUCAGUUGGGAUAUUAGUAUGGUAGAGGUUACGAAGAUCGGGAAGAUAGGGCGGUUGGCGGAGGCGGCGAUUCAGCAUUUGAAGAAGAAGUAUGGGCUUGUGAAGGAGAGUGAGCAGUGA